AUGGUGGCCGAAGACGGGCUCCUCGUCGUCGUCAACGGCAUUGGCAUGCCAGUUCUUAUCCGCGCGUACGGCGACGUCCUCCUGCCACCCAACGCGGCGGUCAGUGUCGUCAGCGCCCUCUUCCAUGCAACGCUCGACUCGAAGACGGUGCUCACAUCCGUCGCUAGCCAGGCGUACGCGAUCACGUACCGGCACUUGCCAACAAGUGGCGUGCUUCUCGCCUUCUUCCAUCGCCGCUAUGCAGCGGGCAUCGAUGGCGUAUUGACGUGGCUCGAGCACUGUCUCUGCCUCUUCGUGGGACCGACCCUGCUCCUGUCGACGGACGCCGGCGCCCUCAAGUUUGAGCUAGCGCGCAGCCAUGUGGUCGAGUCUCUCGAUUGGCUCGUCGCUCACCGAGCGGAGAUGGACCUCGCCCUCGGUCAGCCUGUUUCGACGCCCGGCGACAUUGCUUGCUUGGACGACAUUUUAACGUGGCAUAGCGACAUGUACGUGCUCUCGCAUGGCGUUGUCGUCGGCGACCGUGGCGACGUGCGCUCGACGCUGACCCGCCACGAGAUGGUGCUGAGCGUCGUCUUGGCCAAGCAGUUUGCUCUCCAGUCCAAGGACAAGCAGUUGCAGCACGCGAUGUACACGGCGGGUACGCGGAAGCGCCAGAUUGUGCUCGUCCGCGUCGCACCCAACGUUGCAUGGUUUGGGCUGGCCGACGACGCUGUGCCGACAUCUGUCAUUCAGAGCACAGUCGUCGACAAGCUCGCGCUCUGGUGCAGUUGCACGGACGUGAGCCGGCUCUCGCGUUCGAGUCUGGCUCUAGAGAAAGCUCUGACGGGGCCGCUGCUCGGGUUCGCCUGA